AUGGACUCUCCGUCUGAGUUGGAAGGCGCAGUUUCUCCCACUGCUUCGCUGCGCAGCGACCUGGAAGGCGAGCUCCUGCGCGGGGUGCGGCUGGAACUUUGCCUUGCUGGCUGGGGGCGACAUUUCUCGCAGAGCAAGGAAGCGAUGUACAGCAUUGACCCUGAGAAGUACAAACUCAGCCAGCAGACGGACCACAUUGACAACUUCCUUAGCCAUGACUGGGCCAGUGGCCGAAGUGGUAAAUUUCUGACUUUGCUAUGGAUCUCCAACAUUCGACCUGCGAUCCUUGUGACCUUCAUGGUCAGUUGUCUGAUCGCAUUUCUGCGAGAGUUCUAUUGGGAGCUCACGGGCGGCAAGUGGCGUGCAGAGGUUGUUCCACUUCUGAUCUUCAUCGUCGUCCUCUGCUUUUGGCAGCGCAUGCGGGCAUUGCUCAUGAAGGGUCAGGUGGUAUUUUUGGAUCGCCUUUGCAUAGCACAGUAUGAUCCCGAGUUGAAGCAAAAAGGCAUCUCGGCCCUCGCCGGAUUUCUUCGCAACUCUUCAACGUUGACGGUCCUUUGGUCUCCGCGGUGGAUCACAAGGCUUUGGUGUGUCUAUGAGUUGGCGACCUAUCUCAGCAAUCCUGGCAAGGCAAAGUCUAUCCGCUUCGUUCCAGUUACCCUUGGAGCCUCUUUCAUGUCUGUAGUCCUCUUCUAUGUGCUGAUUGUGUUUGGCGUCCAGACCACCCUGGAUCUUCUUGAGAGAAAAGCGUUUCUUGGGCUUUUGCUCUUCGAACUCGCCUUGGUUCUCAUUCUGACGCUGGGUAUUGCAAUUUCAACCCUCAUUGAGACGAUGCACGAUUUUGCCAAGUUGGCCGGCCAGAUUAAAGUCUUCCGUGUGCAAGAGUCCGAAUGUUUUUGCUGUUCCAACAACCAUCGUCAUCCCCACACUGGACGGCUGAUGCAAUGUGACCGAGAUCAGAUCUAUCAAAAAAUACAGAAGUGGUGUGCCACUGAAGAUAACAAAGUCGACCAGCUAAACUCGUCUUUGGAGCGCUUCAACACCUUGGUCCAGGAGAAGUUAUCUUCCGCUGUGCUGGAACAAUUCCGCGGUGGCCCUAUGCAAUUCAGCCAUGUGAUGGAAGUGGCAUGUGUAUGCAUCUUCCCUGAUAUUGUGCACCGUGUCCACUUCAUGAUGCGUCCAGACCUCUCUGGAGUUUCCUACGCUGCGUUUUGUCUCCGCAUUGCGAUGCAGUGGAGCAUAAAUGCCCUAGCUCUCACUGGCGCAAUCCGUGCCUUUGUGCUACUUUCGGGUCUUCUCAUCCCUCGGAUGUACCAGCGCAGCAGGUUUGGGCUGGCUCUCACAAUGGCGGGAGGCUGCAUCAUGAUGGUGAAUGUGAUAUGGGUCCCUUUCUGGCUGGUGUUUCUGUUUACAGAACAAACGAGUCUGCUUCCGGCUGUGCCUUACUUGGCCGCGGUGGCCCUGAACGCCUUGCUGUGGCAGCCAUGUUUGUAUCAACUCACUCUUCCAGAGUACCCCGUGAAUUCCAGAGUGUGUCCGCCAAAUCAUGACACCGACUUAUGGAUUCCUGAAAACCAGGAUAGCUCAGUUGAGCCAUUGGAUCAUGAGCAUCAUGAUCCCAUAGAAAAAGUUUCUUUGUAA